AUGGGGGUCUGUCAAUCGUGUCUGGGACGACGCGACAGGGACAUCUACGACGAGAAUGAGGAUACGCGGCUCUUGUACGAGGACGGCAACGGGAUGCAGUAUGGCAGCUUUGGCGACCCGGCCCUCAACGGUGACGAUUCGGUCGAAGCCCAGCGAGAGAACGAGGCUCUCCAGAGGGUGGUUGCCAUGACAUCCAAGUCGGUAGACCCUCGGCUCUGCGCAAAUCUCACAUUGAUUGCUAACGGCCGCAGCAACAUGGUGGACGUUUUCGAGAUCGCCCACAACGAUGUAUCCGGCUACGGCGGCAACUUUGCCUAUGCUGGCCAAGGGGCAAGGGUGGCUCGAUAUCAACAUCUCGUGUCGAAAUUAAGCACCGAUGAGUUCAGCGAUCCAUCGGCGGUCAAGGUGGACUGGCUGGCAGAGGACGACAUGGUCGAGUCCCAAAGUGGUCGGCCUUUGAGCAUCAAAACGCUCGAGGACGAUAGGGAAGGCGGUCCCUUCGUCGGUACAUUUGCAGACGCAGCCGCUGCCAUGCAAUGA